AUGAAGUCCAGAGAACAACCCCUUAUUGCCUCGAGCCCUGCUCACCACCCUGUUAUACCCAUCAUGACUUUCGACUACGAGGCCCGAUUCACCGGUUCUGGAGAUCCUCGUCGUUGUGUUAUCUCAGCCCUUGUGCCUGCCGACACCUACCUCUCUUUCGAAACCGUUUAUACGUCCGAAACAAUCACCACCGUUCGCGGCUACGAUGGACGAGAGCUAGCGAACUUCCGUUGGCUUAUGGGCAGUGCUCCCGGGCAAGGUGUUGUGUGCGGACGCCCGACUCAUAUGGCGGACCUAGCCAUCAUGCAAGGUUACCGUAAGCGGUCCCGAGCGUUUGACUCGCUCGAUACCGAAGGGGAGCGCGCUCGCUUCGUCUGGCGCCGUGUUGGUCGCGGCAAAUACGAUCUUUAUACACAGCAUGACAUCCGCAUUGGAAAGUACGUUGAAGCGAACCAGAUCCAGGAGUCCGCAGUCGGUCCAGUUUACGCUCACUUUCACUUCUCGUUCGACCACGAGGUUCUCUUCCUCGACGCGAUGCUCGCACUCUGCGUGAAUAGGUGGAUCGACGAGAUGAUUCUUCACGGCGCGUAA